AUGCUAUUGUUUGGCUACAUGCUGGUGCUCAUUGGUUUUAUUUUCGUAAAUGCCGAUGAAGAAUUCGACAUUGAAUUGUUAUCAGAAGAAUGCGAUUGCCGGGAUUGGUAUGGAGUUUGUCGAAAGCAAGGUGCUGAAUGGCUUGAUGAGAAUGUUUGGAUGUAUAACUGUUCAUCUUCUAACGGGGCAAACGCUACCUUCGUCGGUUGUAUGUCACCACAGAAAGAACUAAUUUCAACAAAAAUAAACAAAACGGUGGAGGGUUUUUGGCAUGCUUGUGAUGAAGAUGAUCUGCGAAUUAGGUAUGAGCAAGAGCCUCGAUGUCUGGUUGAAAGUGAAUCAUAUCACGUUGGGUCGACUUUUCGAUUGGGUACAUUUCAGUGGAUUUGCCUUGAUACGGGUAGAUGGAUUACCGGAUGUUUCUACAAAAACGAAACCAAUAACGAUGUUUUAUUGAGAAUCGGAGAAACAGGAUACAAUGGUUUGAUUAAACAUGUUUGCGAUCGUUUCGUCGAUUACCCGGGAAGAGUUCAAUAUUAUGCUGAAGUUCGCGAUGACGUUCAUGUGAAACAUCCAACUAAUAAAGGUGUCAAUCAAAAUUUCCCCCCAUCGAAAGAGGAACUCAUUCAGGGAAAAGUGAAUCGUUGGCUUCAUGAGAACUCGGCGGCUUUUGUUUCAAAUGGAGAACAAUUCGGCGCUCGGAUACGAUAUCUCCCUGCAUCAAGAAGCGACUGGACAAAGAAA